AUGAGCAAACUCAAGAAUGGCAUGACCGUGGAUCGUGACGUUGAUGACCUGGUUCGUCGUCCUCUUCAAACCUCUCAGGAGAGUUACUAUUAUUCAGAAGGGCAUAACCACCAUUCUGAUGCACUAUACCCUAACCACGGGUAUCAACCAUUUCAACAGUAUGGAUCCUCUCCUUUAGAAGCACAUGAACAAAUUUACCAGAGGGAAAACGGUUUUUAUUCAACUUCGCCGUCUGUCCCUUCUGGUUAUAAUACAAACACAAGUUCAAUAGCCUCUAAAGUUCAGCAGGACUAUUAUUUAGGAUCUAAUAACAAUAAUGUUCCCAAAAAUUCAAAAACUCCAAAUAAACCAACACCAAUAUUACCAUCGAUACCACCAUCAAUACCACCACCCGCACUGAAAGUACAUGAACCCGCAAAACCAUCUAGUUCCCCAAAAUCUAUUCUAAAAAAUAAUUCAUAUGUGCAUACUACCCAUUUAACACCAAAUGGUGAUAAAUCCAUGCACUCUUACAUGUCAAAAUCUCCAAAACUUUCACGUUCACCAAUUAAUUCUACAAGCUCACUAUCAUCAUCACCUCAAAUUAACGUAUCAAAUACACAGUUUCAAUAUAAAGUAGAACAACAGGUUAAUUCAAUGACUCAACCAUUGGCACCAAAAUUAACUAAUAUAAACACUCAGAAUUUACCAAACAACAUAGAACACCGGAGGUCUCCAGUAUCUCCAGUACAAUAUACAUCUUCCCCCAUACAAUCUACUAAUGAUAAAUUACUACAAAGUUCACCUAUACAAUAUUCAAACAAUGCUCCUCCUCAAUGGCAUCAUACUCAACAUCAAAGUUCAUCCAUACAAUACUCAAGUCAUGCUGCUCCUCAUACUCAGCAUCAGAAUUCGCCCACACAAUAUUCAAAUCAUGCUGCUCCUCAAUGGCAUCAUAAUCAGCAUCAAAGUUCACCCACACAUUAUUUGUAUCAAAAUUCAUCUCAAACUCCUAAACGUCAAAAUUCUUCUGAAUCUUCGAGUACCCAAAAUUCUCAAGGCUACUCUCCGUCAACUCCAACUUCCAGAAGACAAAAUUCAGCUGAAUCAGGUACCCAAAAUUAUCAAGGUUACUCUUCUGAAAUCCCGUCAACUCCAAUUUCCAUGCGGCAGAACUCAACUGAUUCUUCGAGCACUCAAAAUUCUUCAGGCCAUUCACCAAGAUAUCCUGUUGAUUCUGCUCCAAAAUCUCAAUAUCCGUCAAAAUUAAUGCAUAGAGUGAACAGUAUGCGUUCUGCGAAUAAUUCUACAUCUUCGCCACAGAAUGUUGUGCCAGAAUUUAUAAGGCAACCAGUUACUGUAGAAGAUUAUAUAGCGCAGGCUAUUAAAUAUCACGAAAAUGAUCAACUUGAAAAGUCCACUCAAUAUUUUCGUAUAGCUGCGGAACAAAAUAAUACUAUAGGAAUGAUUUUUUAUGGCCUUGCUCUUAGACAUGGUUGGGGAUGUAAAACGGAUACAACAAAGGCAUUCAAAUAUCUACAAAAGGCUGCUGAUUCCGCGACAGAGAUGUUAAAUAACAUCAAUGAUACAACUAAUUCGCAGGGUGACCCCGAUGCUCAAAAUGACAUCGCCCAUUGCUACUAUAAGGGUGAAGGCGUUAAAAAAGAUAUGAAAACUGCUGCAAAAUAUUACAGGAUGGCUGAUAAGCAGGGUUAUGGUACUAUGGGCAAUUCAUGGAUUUUUAAGGAAAAUUUAGACUUGGUAGAUUUAGACUUGGUAGAAUUAGACUCGGCAGAUUUAGAUGUUGAAUCAACUGAUUCUUGA